CUAACGGCUUCGUGUGAAUAUUGUCCACAAAUUAUAAGUGCAUCUACAUCAUCCAGUGGAAACUUAUUAAGCCAUAUAAAAAAAAAGCAUAGUUUUUUGAUGUCAAAAGUUGAAGAUGCAAGAAGGGAAAAAAAAUCAGUCUUCAAAUAUCACUCAGACAAAAAUUUUCAUAAAUGAUGUUUCUUCAAAUAAAGUUUCAAAACAAAAGAUUAAAGAAUUAGUGUUUAACUAUAUUGUCAAUGAAAUGCGUCCAUUAAUUACAAGUGAAAAAAAGGCUUUUCGGGAAUUAAUAAUUGGGUUAACUGGAUUGAAAGACACCUCUAUGAUCCCUGAUCGAAGACAAAUACGAUCCCAUUUAAAAUCUACUUAUGCAGCGUAUGUGGACAUGUUGACAGAUUUAAUCAAGAAACAUAACUAUAUUUGUACGACUGCAGACAUUUGGAGCACAAACAAUAAGAGUUACAUGGGUAUGACUUGUCAUGAACUCUGUAUGUUGGAAAACCAUCCUAUAGUAAAACAAGUUUUUUUUAAAAUAUAA